AUGGAUAGCCUCAUGUCGUGGCAGCAGCAACAAGCCGGCGGAGACAACGCGACGCGGUCCCCGGCGGAGGAGGAGGGUCUAUGGGGCCUCCGCGGCGACCCCCGUCUCAAGGACUGGCCAUUCACGGGCGGCCCCACUGGCGUCGCCUGCCUUCUGGCGCUCUACCUCGUCGGGUGCGUCGCGCUGGGCCCCAGGCUCAUGCGCAACCGCAAGCCCCUGUCCCUCCGCCCGCUGCUGCUGGCCUACAACGUGUUCAUGGUGGGGGCCAGCGUUCACUUCGCGUACAUCACGGUCAAGGAGGCGUACGUGGAGAGCGGCUACAGCCUGUGGUGCCAGGCGGACGACUCGCUCACGAGCCCCAGGGCCAUGAUCAUGUUACGGCACGGCUGGUGGUACCUUCUGCUCAAGAUGACCGAGCUCCUGGACACGUUCUUCUUCGUGCUCCGCAAAAAGAACCAGCACAUCAGCUUCUUGCACGUGCUGCAUCACACUCUGGCGCUUGUCACUGUCUGGCUGGACCUCUACAUGGGCGUCUUGGGACACGUGGCUCUUUUCCCGCUGCUCAACUCCAGCGUCCACAUCGUCAUGUACACCUAUUACGGACUUGCCGCUUUGUCGCCGAACCUGAGGCCCAACCUUUGGUGGAAGAAGUACGUCACCCAGUUCCAGAUCGCCCAGUUCAUGGUGCUCACCGUCCACGCAAUCGUGCCGAUCUUGCACGAGUGCGGAUUUCCUCAGGGAUUCGCCUGCUUCAUGGCGGCCGAGGCGGCCCUCUUCAGCGCGCUCUUCAGCCAGUUUUACGUGAGGACAUACAUGAAACGCGGGGACAAGAGUCUCAAGGAUCGCUAG